AUGGUGGGAAUUGGAAAUUUGGACUACGAUGACUAUCUCAUGCCGAUAGCUUGGAUAUUUUUCACCGCAAUGUCCAUCAUGGCGCACAUCGUUUCGCAGAGCGGCGACAACGCCAACAUGACGGACGAGUACCGCAAGAAUAUCAGCGCAGCAGAGGCGGCCAUGAGGGUUCGAGGCUCUAAGGCUUUUAUAGUAGGAUGGUUUACCUACACUGGCAUGCUUUGGACGCUGAAGAUAUGCAUGUUGUUCUUUUUCAAGCGUGUCACUACUGGCCUAAAAUCUGCAAAGUUCAUCAAGCCAAUAUUCUACGCCGUUAUCAUGCUGUUGCAGGCCCAGCUGCCUCUCUCGCGGAAGAUCAUGCUGUUCCUGCUUCUCUGUGCUGGAAUUUUCGUCAUGAUCGCUGCCAUCCUCCGCGUGGUCUUCGUCUUUAAGAAUGCCGACGCCGCCACUCCGGCAAUCUGGGCUUGCCGCGAAACCCUCGUCGCCAUGCUUGUUAGCAACGCACCCCUCAUUCGCCCCUUGCUAUCCUCUCGGUGGUGGCGUGGGGAAUACGGGAACGGCAGCAAGCCGCGCUCUUCGGGCUACCCAACCGGAAGUCAGAAAGGCCAUAUCGAGUUGGAAAGCCAGAAAAGCAGUUCGGCCCAUAUCUAUAGCCCAUCUGGGAAAAAGCACGACGACGAUAGUAGUAGUACAGAGCAUAUUGUCCAGCCAAAGGGGAUCAUGGGAAUUAGGGUGCAAAGGGACAUUGAUGUUGUAACGAAGUAG